AUGUCCAAAUCCACAGAAGAGGGUCAGCAACUCGGAAAUACGCAAUCCAGCGGUCGUUCCUCGCUCCCAGUGCUAUCUUACGAUGUCUGGUCCGACAUUCUUCGAUAUGCUAAACGUCAGGACCUGAUCCGUCUCUGUCUGGUCAGCUCCAUGUUCAAUCGCAUUGCAGCAAAGCGUUUAUACCUCUCGGUUCGGUUUUUUGACGUACCGGACUUGUACCCGUUCUAUCGCACGGUGAGAGGAAACCCGAUCUUGGCCGGUCACGUCGCUGCGCUUGAGCUGGACAUGCGAUCAUACAAGAACGAUCGCAUGUCAAAGAGGCACAUAACAGACGCACCCGCAUUCAUGCGGAUGAUAUUCCACCUGAUCGGCCAGCUCGACAACCUCAAGAAGAUCUGCUUCAAGUUUCGGAUCCUGAACAGCUUGGUGUGCAAAGCCUUCUCGAUCAAUCUCGGCCACAUGCGACCCCGUUUGUCCUCUUUCAGGUUCUACGGCCUGUUCGAAUGCUCCGCGCUCCCUGUUCUCAGCUCUCAAAGCCUCCUAGAGACAGUAGCACUAGAGUACUCAAGCCGAUCCGACGGUUCGCCCGAACUAGCAAGCCUGCCCCCAGAUGCACUACCCCGACUACGACGCUUUAUCUGCAAUAGCUAUUCCUCCGCCCAGGUCGUCCGAGGACGUCCGGUCGAGCUGUUCGUCGUGGACCGUCGUUCGGCUUACGUCAAUAUAAGCCCGGAACAACUGCCUACGUGUUUGCAGGAUCUGCAUAUGUCUACACGCGGGAUCCUAUUGCUUGAACUCGCUAUUGAUAGCUUGUAUGCUACGACGACUUUGUGCAAGAUCCAGGAGGCGACUCCCGACCUGCAGCAGCUCGAACUGAACACAUCAGAUUUCUGGGUAAACCAAAUGCGGGACCUCACAUCACCCGAAUCGCUAGACGCCUUUCGCAAAUUCGCACAGCUCGAAAGCUUCAAGAUCGAUGCCCGCCAAGCGGAUGACAUGCCCUUCACAGCAUUCGAGUUCGCUAUCCGCAGUAUCCUCCGGGCGCGGCCUACGCUACGUGUUCUCGCUUUGUGGGAUUAUGCGCAGGAUAAGGUGUAUUCAUUGAAUACUAUUGCGAGAUAUGCUCCUACUGGAGAGUUUCCGUACAGGAUUGCACGGGGUCGUUGGGGAGAUUGA